AUGGUCCGGCUGCGAUCUAAACUCCACCUGAGCCGGCAGGGACGCAAGUCAUCAUUGUCGCAUGCGUCGUCUCUCCCGGAUCAAUGCAACGCUGUUGCUAUUCCAGUCUCUCUUGGAGCAAGCGGGUUUCCAUCCUCGUCACGCCCAGAUCCGAUACUGGCCACGCUCCCUGAGGAGCUGCUCGUCAGGGUCACCUCUUUCUGCGACUUCAGCGACAUCCUGAGGCUCCGUCGCUCGUGCAGGGCGCUCCGUCUCGCGUUCGGCCAGUCCUCCGUGAUCGAGUUGGUAUCGUUGCGCCUUAUGGACCCGCACUCCACCCGCGGCACGCCUAGUCGAGAUGUGUUGUUAGGAAUGAUCAAGACCCAGCUCGACGCCGAGUCGAGGGACGAGGCCUUCAGACGAGACAUCUUCCUCUGUCUGGCCGUGACUCUGCCCCCCAGACAGCGAUCACGUAUCAAGCAGGCUUUCGGCUCCGUGUUGGCUAGGGCACGCGUCAGUGGUUCCGGCAGGGAUCCAGGGCGUGGGGGCGACCCGUCCGACUUACACGACCGCUUCGACGACGAUGACAACGAAGUUUCUGCCGAGCUGGAGACGAGGUUGGGCGUCGUUUCGACUCUUCUUGUCCUGGGCUAUUCGGACGUAUGUGACCUUGCUAUAGGAAGACAACUAAUGGCCAUCAACCACUGGUCCGCCAAAUCAGAUAUAUGGGCCGAGAGGAGGCUGUUGAAGCAUAAAGAAAUUAGUCUGCAGCUGGCCUUCUCCAUGGUGCUUGGUCUAUUGAACCCAUCAGCUUGGUCAGAUAUGCUGGCAAGUGGCCCCAUCUAUCAGACUCUCGCCCAACGCGUCAAGUCAGACUUUAGAGGCGCCGAGCUCACGUCCUCCAGCCAGAGCUUCUGGCUCAGCUGGGAGGGGCUGCACACGAGAUCCCUCCAGCUCGCCGCCCUGAUCGCCUACAUCCUCAGGACGUGCGGUUUCGAGGACGUGCCGCGCUCCGACCUGCUGCCCUUGCUCCGCGGCCCAACGCAGACAGCAGCAGAGACGUCGUCGUCGUCGUCGUCGUCGUCGUCGUCGUCGUGGUGCACGCCCCCAGUGCCUCUGCUCGAGAAUUUCAGCGAGGAUGGCAUCAGGGCGCAUACCAGCAGCUCCUGGCAGGACUGGUACGCAGCCCGGACCCGCGACCUCGUCAAUGCCAUCGAGGACGGUGAGUGGUAUGGCUACUACAUCUACACGCUCGAAGACACCGACAACAUCAGCCCGACAGGCCAGCGCGACCCAGCCAUGGAGAACGUCCACUUCAAGCUGGGCGGAGGCCAGUCUUCUUCUCCUCCUCCUCAGCCGCCACCGCCGCCACCACCACCACUGCUGCCGGUGCCCAGCGCCAUGUCCCAGCACAGCACCGUGACCACAGCGACAUCGUCGUCGUACAACACCGCUCACCCUACCAAGGUGCCGCUCGAGGCCAGGGGUGCCAAGGACGGGAUCACGGGCGACUUUGACUUCGUGGGCACCGUAAAUACCAACAGCGGGGUCGUGAGCAUGCGAAAGAGGUACCGCGGGGCGCACUACUGGGACUACGACGGGGUCAUGACGCCGCUCGGGAUCGUGGGCGAGUGGGGGCGAGAGGGGCAUGGAUUUGAUGGGUACUUUUGGCUGUGGAAGCGGAGCUGGAUGGUGCAUGAUGCGGUUCCGAGGACUGUUGCGUAUUACUCUUGAGGUCAUCAUUUUUUCUCUCUUUGCUAUUUGUCUGGGCAUGGGAUGUUUGUUGGGAUUGGUAGGUUGGGUUGGGUCGGAUACUGGUUUGGGACUGGGCAUUGGUUGGGUUUUGGAGUUCUUGGGUUGACACACCUUCAUUACAGGGAGAUAGCACGUGGUUUCUGCUGUCGACAGUCAGACUCUCUGCCUUCCACUCGCAAGAUUUUCAUACCAUCAUUAAUCUAUUAUUCGAUGGG